AUGCGGAUCAGGACAAUCCUUACAGCAGGGGAUAUGAGCACGCUUUCAGCAAUUCUGUCCGGUGCCCUGGUAGACCCGUCAGCCCAGCGGUUGGCCCUGGCUAUUUACGAACGGGAAAAUGAUCAUACUACUAUCGAGUUUCGCCAUUUUCAGAGUACGAUGGACUACGAACUUGCUUGGAAGUGGAUUCGUAUCGUAACGAGCCUUGUUCAGGUAGCUUCGAAACCAGCAUCUGAAUUCGACCAUAAGCUGCAGUUGAUCGCAACCGAAUACCAGAGAAUGGAUGGCAGAUGGAGGCUGUACACAUGGGAUAAAACCUUUGGACAGGAGACAAUAGACCCAUGGUUAAACAGUUGGGAGUGGAUGCUCCCAAUUCUAGAUCUCCAAGACGAUGUCCCGUUCUGGCGCGAUUAUGUUGCCCGUCUUCCUGGGAGAAACGAACUUUCUUAGGGGGAUGUGAUUCCAGUAGUCGGCUAGAUCAAGCAAUGAGUGCGGAGCGUCAUAUUGUAUACACAGCGUUAUAGCGGUUACUUUUCGUAUUGGUAAUUCACUUGGACAGGUAGACUUAGUUACUCUGACUUCUUUCUCUUUGAACCUUAGUAUCCCGCCGGCGCUGGGCUCUCUCGGGACAAAGGGAACAAGAAGAUUAGCCAACAAUAAGCCAUAGAGGAC